UGCGCGCGGGCGCGCGGAGCGGGGACGCCUGGCCCGUCUAGUGCUCACAGGGGCGGAGACCGGCCGAACGAGACCAUUUCCCAGCAAAGGCGCCGGCGCCUCUGCCCUGCUCCGGCCGGGAAGUUCCGGGGCGGCGGAGCGGAAAGCCCUGCCGUCCAGGUCGGGUUCCCGGAGCACUCCCAAUCACCCGGACCGCCCCCGAUGAUGAUGAUUGUGGUGGGGGUGGUUGUUUACACCCGGAGCAUUCAAUCCUUCCUGAGCGCCGCCUCCCCUGCCCGUCCCACCUGCUCCUCCCUCCUGUUGUAACAUGCCAUUAGCGAGCCUGCGAUCACAUUUCCAAGGGCGCUAGAGUUCGCAGCCAGCCACCAUGGGGAAUGGGAUGAACAAGAUUCUGCCAGACCUGUACAUCGGCAGCUUCAAAGAUGCAAGAGAUGCAGAGCAAUUGAGCAGGAACAAAGUGACACAUAUUCUGUCUGUCCACGACAGUGCCAGGCCUAUGUUGGAGGGAGUUAAAUACUUGUGCAUUCCGGCAGCGGAUUCACCAUCUCAAAACCUGACAAGACAUUUCAAAGAAAGUAUUAAAUUCAUUCACGAGUGCCGACUCCGCGGUGAGGGCUGUCUUGUACACUGCCUGGCUGGGGUUUCCAGGAGUGUGACGCUGGUGAUUGCCUACAUCAUGACCGUCACCGACUUCGGCUGGGAGGACGCCCUGCACACUGUACGUGCGGGCAGAUCCUGUGCCAACCCUAACCUAGGCUUCCAGAGGCAGCUCCAGGAGUUUGAGAAGCAUGAAGUCCACCAGUAUCGGCAGUGGCUGAGGGAAGAAUAUGGAGAGAGCCCUUUACAGGAUGCAGAAGAAGCCAAAAACAUUUUGGGUAAAUAUAAAGAGCAAGGACGCAUGGAGCCCCAGCCUGGCGCGCGGCGGUGGAGCAACUUUCCGAGCCUGCCCCCUCUGGCCUACAAUAACUAUACAACGGAGACCUAACAUCGGGACCUGAUGCCUGCCUUUCCACUGCUUGUUUCUGGUGCAUUCUGGCGCAGGGCGGUGUGAUGCAGUGGUGCCUGACUGUCCCCUUCGCUGAGAACAGGAAAGGGAGGUGGCCAGGGCCAGGUAGAGCACUCUGGGGUCCUUCGCAGUCCGGCCCUGCCCUGCCCAGGCCCCCCCACUCCAUUCCAUCCUGCCCACCCCCCUCUGCUUGCUGCCCCUGGGAUAGCUGCCACGCACUGCCGUGUGUACACGUUGAUGUGUGCGCGUGACUGUGUACAUGUGUGUGCGUUGUGAGCAAGUGUGUAUGCGUAUAAAUGUGUGCAAUGUAUGUGUGAACUCUUUCAGGAGGUCACAAAACUUGUGCGGCCAGGAUUGGUGGCCACCGUUCCCUUUGUCCAAGACUCCACACGGAAGGCAUUUAAAUAGAGCAGCCUGUGCCUGUGAGCAGACAGUGAGGAGAACUCAGGGUGCCAGUGGGGUCUCUCCCCGAACUUGGGGUGGUAUAUGUAGUGGGGGGAGCAGGGGUCAGACUCCUCCAGAGUGGGGGUGGUUCCGGGACCUUAGAAAGUGAGUAGCAUGAGGUGUGCUCUGUCAGUGUCAUCCAGUGUCAGUGCACCAGGCCGCUAGCCCAUAGAUUCCCUGCUACCUUGAGUUAAGGCCCCUUUUCAGCCCAUGGUGCCCUGAGUUCUCCUUGGUGUCUGUCCUUUUGGACUGGUCACAUCUGCUCUCUAGGGUGAGCACCACUCCACCAAGGUUGGCCUUACCAGAGGGCCCCUCUUCUCUGCUCCUCACCAUCUUCGCUGCCUCCCCUCCUCUCGCUGUCCUCCCUUCCCAGGGCCCCUUCUCAAGGUUUGCAUGCUCCUGCAGGAAUUGGGAAGAAAGAACAUUUCUUAGGCACUGUCACCUUUUGCAUUUAAAAAUGCCUGAGCAUUUAUUAAGCUUCUUGGUAUAUGCUGUGGGUUUGAUAAUUUGAUCUCAGCUACCUCAUUAAAUGUUUUUUGGAAUGAUGUUUUUUGUUAUUCCAGUCAACUCUGCCUCAUAGUUGAAAAUGUUUGGUUGUGAUUGUUUUUGAAGCCAAAGGGAAAGGCAUCAUUGAGCUACUUAAAGUUUCCAAUAUGGAUUUUAAUGAUGCUUUCUGGUGGGCAAAUUCCACAUUCAAGCUAUGAGAGAGUCUGCAGGCUGCAUUUGGGGCAUCAGGCUUCCUGGGAUGCUAUGCACAGCUCUGUGGUUCAGUCCUUUAUACCAACUCAAAUUUUUUAAGCACGCAGAGCCACACGAAUGAAAAAAUAUAUUCGACCUCUCCCUAAAAAGAUGUGGCAACCCAGUUUCUUCAAAUUCCACCACAAAAGAACCCCUGACUAAGAAGAGCAGUUUUCUCGUGCAUGUAGAGGGUAUGUCAAAGGUGAGCUCUUUGGGGAUGGGGAAAACACAGUUGACUGGCCCUGUGCACAUGUCCAGGGCCCGGACAGACACUGAGCAAGGGGCCCAUGGCUGUAGAAUCAGCCGUCAACAGCUGCAGCAAUCUUCCCUCAACCAAGAAGAAAUGUAAAUAUAUUAAGAGAAAAAAAUAUUUAGAAUAUUAACCUGAAUGCUUAAAUGUGUGCACUUCUACAAACCUCUAAAUGUAUUCUUGUAAGUCUUGCAAUGUUAUUUUAAUAUUUGCUGCCAGUAAUGUUCUUUCUUCACAGCUGCUCCGGGAAUUCUGAAGUACUGGGCCUUUCUCAGAAGACUGUAAUGUACCUGAAGUUUCUGAAAUAUCGCAAAGCCAGAGUGUAGGCUGGUGCUGCCAAAAAGAAAAGCAACCUAGAGUUUAUUUUUAAGAAUUGAUUUAUAAACUUGUUUGUCUUUCAUGUAAAACUCAACACAUAUGUAACCAUGUUGUGAUACGUUGAAGACUAAGGAUAUUCUUUAGCAAGAGAAAACAUACUUUUACCUUAACUCCACUGCUGUGGCAGUUUCUUUACCUUACUUUGAUGCCUAAAAAAUAUGUUCAAAAGCUUUAUUGUGCUGUCUUGGUUACUGUUUAGUAAUCCUGAUCGUUUCCCUUGAACAGUUACCUAAGGGGGAACCUGGCACCCCGUGGUUAUACUACAAAACUCUGCCCACGUGUUCUUAAAUUCUUCAGCUUGGGGAAUAUCUUGGUGUGUGUUUUAGCCAUGGUGUGUGUUCUUCAUGGUAGAAUUUACCAAAAGCUAGCCAUUUUUGUUAAUAAAGGGCAACGUAGCCAAGUUUAAUGUCAUGUGCAGUACAUUCUUCCUUAGCUGAGGUGUGACAGUUGCAUGCCUUUCUGCCUA